AUGCACAGAACACUGUGCCACGCUCUUCUAAUCUUCUCACUAAUCAAAACCACGAUUCAAGAAUAUGAUUCAAGUCCCGAAACAAUCAGAAGAUAUGUGGAAUCCACGUAUAACAAUGCGAAAAUAACAGACAGAAAAGAUUCGGCGCGCCCAAAAAUCUCACUCCACUAUACUUUCACAUUUAAAACUUGCGAUUCACAAGUUCUGAAUCGAGAAGCGUUUAUCGAGCAAUUUUUGAUGAAUCCACCCGAGAACAUGAUUGCGAAGAGCUUUCGAGACAUCAAUUAUCAUUUCGACAAAAAUAAAGCACACGAGGGAUGUUGCUAUUUGGGAGUCGAGAUGCAUGGGGUGCAUUAUAUCAAUUUCAUCGCAAGUUUCGAUGGUUUUGAUGCGAAAUUCUUUUUGGACAGUGAAGUUGCGUUUGCUUACAAAUUUGUUAGCGGUUAUGCUAUCAAUUGUCCAAAUAAUACUGAAAUCCCGCCCUGCAAUUAA